AUGGAUCACACGAAGCCGUGUUACGAGCUCUCUCUGCCCGUCACGGAGGAAUGCAACCCCAUCAGCAGAGAUAUUGAUAGAGCAAACGGCGCACAGAUGGUGCAAAUACUGAGGAGAUGCGACGCCGAGAUUUUUGAGAAGAAAAUAAAUCACGAUCCAUUUUAUCAGAGACUAUAUAGUUCACCCGUCAUCCAAACGAUGGUGGAUGUGGCGAAGAGGGUGGAAAUGAUGCUGAGGACGUCCUUUAAUGAGAUGUUGAACGGCCCAAAACACAAGCAGAUCUGUUCGUACAUCAUAGCUGGAGGUGACAGGGCCCUGCUCACAUCGCAGGAGGCUCCAGAGGACGACCCGGCGCUGGGAGCUCGCGCGCUGGACAAGGUCUGUGCAGGAAAGAAACGCGUCCUGUUCAUUGGAAUAUCUUGUGGCAUGUCGGCACCAUUUGUUGCUGGGCAACUGGAUUUUUGUCUGAAGCGCUUAGGCGUCUUUACUCCAGUGCUCCUGGGAUUCAAUCCUGUACAUAUGGCGAGGAGUGAACCGAUGCAGGACUGUUCGUUUCACUUUAAAGACGUUGCAGAGAGGAUGACUGCAGAGCAGAGGCAUAAGAAAGCGUUCGUCUUAAAUCCUGUUUUGGGAGACAGCGCUGGGAGCUUUCAACUAAAUGGUGUCUUAAUGCAAUCAGCACAGGAGCUCACGACUGAAGGAAAGGUCUACAUGAACUACAUGAUCGACCUCAGAGUGACCAACAGCAAGCUGUACAGGAGAGCCAUCAACAUUUUACAGUUCACAGGCUGCUCCGAAAGCCGGUGUGAAAGAGCUCUACUGAGAGCCAUCUACGGCACAGAGGACCUGAGUGAAGACAUGACAUCAGCGGGUGUGUGGAAACACACAGAGGAGGGAAACAGACGGGAUCGAGUGGUCCCCUCUGCUCUGGUGAUGAUCUGCUGCCGUGCACUCUCGAUGAAGCUCGACGUCAUUUGGAUCGUCAUCCUGUGA